UCCUCUAGAAACCUGCAUUUAGCCGGAGCCGCCUUUGGCUGCCUCCCCUGAUCCCCCGCAGGGAGAGACUGGGGGCUGCUGGCAUUGCAGAGGCUUAAUUGACUUGCAAGGUCACUAAUUUGGGCUCCUGGAGUGCCAUCAAUCAACCCUUUUCCCCUUCUGAAGAGGCUCUACCCGAGUCACGGCACCAGCGAUGCCCCAAAACCCAGAAAGAUGAGUCAGCGUUUUGCCUCCCUCUAACCCAACCGCGAUCUCAUCUGCUCCCCGCCCUCCGGCUCCGCUGCUUUGAGAAAACAGGGAGACCACACGAGCCAUGGCUGAGAAAAAGCAGUCUGGCCGGCAAGGCGAGGAAGAAGAAAUGCCAGCCUUCUUCAAAAACCUGGGCUCGGGCAGUCCCAAGCCCCGGCAGAAAUUCUGUGGCAUGUUCUGCCCGGUGGAAGGCUCCCUGGAGAACAAGACCAUCGACUUUGACUCCCUCUCGGUGGGCCGCGGAUCUAACAAAGUCGUGGCAAAGCAGAAGGAUGUUGCCCACCUGGGUCCGGAUGCUCAGUCCGUCUAUUCCAGGCAGAGCGGGAAGGGAGGGGAACCAUCUGUUGAUUUCGGGAGAAAGGUGGAGAUCAGGAGUGCCACUGGGAAGGAGGCGCUGCAGAACCUGAAUGACAAGAGUGACCGUCUUUUGAUCAAAGGUGGUAAAAUAGUUAAUGACGACCAGUCUUUUUAUGCAGACAUUUACAUGGAAGAUGGGUUGAUAAAGCAAAUAGGAGAGAAUCUGAUUGUGCCAGGGGGAGUGAAAACUAUUGAAGCCCAUGGCAGGAUGGUGAUUCCUGGAGGGAUUGACGUUCACACCCGCUUCCAGAUGCCAGAACAGGGGAUGACAUCUGCUGAUGACUUCUUCCAAGGGACCAAGGCUGCACUGGCUGGGGGCACCACCAUGAUCAUUGAUCAUGUGGUUCCUGAGCCAGGAACCAGUUUGCUGACUGCAUUCGACCAGUGGCGAGAAUGGGCAGACAGCAAAUCCUGCUGCGACUACUCUCUGCAUGUGGAUAUCACCGAGUGGCAUAAAGGUGUCCAGGAGGAGAUGGAAGCUCUGGUUAAAGAUCAUGGUGUGAACUCCUUCUUGGUUUACAUGGCUUUCAAAGAUCGCUUUCAGCUAACUGAUUCUCAGAUAUAUGAGGUCCUGAGUGUUAUCCGGGAUAUUGGCGCAACAGCUCAAGUGCAUGCUGAGAAUGGUGACAUCAUUGCUGAGGAGCAGCAAAGGAUCCUGGAACUGGGGAUCACAGGCCCUGAAGGGCAUGUGUUGAGCAGACCUGAAGAGGUGGAGGCAGAGGCUGUGAACCGGGCAAUAACCAUCGCCAACCAAACCAACUGCCCCCUUUAUAUCACCAAGGUGAUGAGCAAAAGUGCCGCUGAUGUCAUUGCUCAGGCCAGGAAAAAGGGCACUGUGGUGUAUGGAGAGCCCAUCACAGCCAGCUUGGGUACCGAUGGAUCUCAUUACUGGAGCAAGAAUUGGGCUAAGGCAGCAGCUUUUGUUACUUCCCCACCACUGAGCCCUGACCCAACCACUCCUGAUUUUCUCAACUCGCUACUGUCCUGUGGAGACCUCCAAGUUACUGGCAGUGCCCACUGCACCUUCAACACUGCUCAGAAAGCUGUCGGGAAGGACAACUUUACCCUGAUCCCCGAGGGAACCAAUGGGACUGAAGAGAGGAUGUCCAUCAUCUGGGAUAAGGCUGUGGUGACUGGCAAGAUGGAUGAGAACCAGUUUGUCGCUGUGACCAGCACAAAUGCAGCUAAAAUCUUUAACCUGUACCCGCGGAAGGGGCGUAUUGCAGUGGGCUCGGAUGCUGAUCUGGUUAUCUGGGAUCCUGACAGUGUCAAGACAAUCUCCGCCAAGACUCAUAACAUAUCUCUGGAGUACAAUAUCUUUGAAGGCAUGGAGUGCCGUGGGUCUCCCCUGGUGGUUAUCAGCCAGGGGAAGAUCGUGCUGGAGGAUGGGAAUCUCCAUGUCACUGAGGGAUCUGGACGGUAUAUCCCCAGGAAACCGUUCCCCGACUUCGUUUACAAGCGCAUCAAAGCCAGGAGCAGGCUGGCCGAGCUGCGGGGUGUGCCUCGAGGCCUCUACGACGGCCCCGUCUGCGAAGUGUCGGUGACACCGAAGACUGUCACACCCGCAUCUUCAGCUAAAACGUCUCCUGCCAAACAGCAGGCCCCGCCCGUGAGGAACCUGCACCAGUCUGGAUUCAGCUUGUCUGGGGCACAGAUCGAUGACAACAUCCCACGCCGCACGACUCAGCGCAUCGUGGCACCGCCCGGCGGACGCGCCAACAUCACCAGUUUGGGCUAAGGACCGGCCCCGUCUGUGCCCGCCUGGCAGACCGGGCACGGGGGCACCCGGAGACCCUUUUCUGAUCCUUUUAGAGCCUGUGACAGUUACUGCGGGCAACCAGUGAGGGGGGGCUGAAGUAAGGCGCCUCCUUCAGUCCCCUCAGAUUCCCUCCUCAUCUUCACCAACCCCUCUCACUUCCCCCCUCAGCCCCUACACAUUUAAAGAAAUAAACCCUGUUUUGACACCUCUGACAUGCAAAAGUAAAUGUAAAGAGGAUGUUUGAGAUAUGUGGCCUCUGUCCCAUUCAGCAUCUUUCUUUUAAUAAAGGAAGGAUAAAGUGAAUUUCCCGGGAGCUGCCUUUAAGACACACACAAAAAAGGAAUAAAUAAAUAAUAAAUGUAAAAAAAACCCUUUUUUUUUUUUUUUUUUUUUUUUUUUUUUGGUCUUUUUUUAAUGUCAAGCAGAAGAGUAGUUCAAGGGUUUUAAACUGGAUAUUCUGUAGGGUUCUGUGUUCCAGCAGAAUAGCUAGGCAAGCACGGAGGGACACGAAUCCCAGCCUGUCUGUAACCAUUCCCCAGCACCGCCUUUGAGGUCACUGAAUAGCUGUCUGCUGCCAAGAGAGAGAAACAGGACCCAGCACUAGGAAUUGACAAAGCACAUCGCACCCAGCCAUCGGGUGAGCUAGAAUCGUUGGGGACUUUGGUUCUGUUGGUUUGUUUUUUCUUUUUUUUUUUUUUUCCUUCUGGAUUUUGCUGCAAAUUAGGUCCUCGAGGAAACUUUUUUUUUUUUUUUGAUGUUUCUGUGUGUGUGUGUGUGUGUUUUUAAUAUGUUUGUAUCAUUGUGUUUACGAAGCCUUAUCUGAGAACUGGGAUUCUCCCUGUUCUUUCUGGUCCUUCCCAAACCUCAUUCAAGUUCCAGACUCCCGCCAGUGUCACUGCCACUGCCACCCUGGUACUUCAGGUGCUCCUCGGUUGCAUCAUUCCAGCCACCGCUUGCCACUUAGCUGCAAUGGGAGGUCGUGGAGCAGGUUGAUAAGCUAUGAUCUUCAUUUCAGUGUACUAGAUCUUGAGCUGGUGCAAACAAAGGGGCUGGGUACCAGCUGAGGAGCUGGGACGGAGCCUCCUGCGAGGUUUUUAGCAGUCAGUUUGUCUUCUGUUCCUGGAGGUGGAAAUCGAUAAGCAGGGGGCCAUGAGCCAAGAGCACCAUGUUGCUUUGUAAGUUUUCUGGAGCAGCCGUGUUCCCCCUUCCUGGCCAUCGAUGAGUGGUUGUUUAAAACUUGAUGAGAGUUUAUCUUUGGCUCUCGUCGAAAGGCUGGUCGGCUGAGUGUGUGCCCGAGCAUCUGUGGCGGUUCCAAUUCGAGUCCAGAUGCCCAGCUGUUGAAACUGGGAGCCUCGGAGCAGCUCGAUGGGUCAACAGCAGCUGAGAAUCUCUUGUACAUGGUGCGAAUUUCACGGGCACCCUUUCCUUCAGGAAUCUGCCUCUGUGCAAAUAUUCAUGAGAAGGCCUGGUGGCUCCCCACCCUUCCUCAGAUGCCUGCUGGCUCAGAUUUGAGAAACCAGAGGCCACGAGUGGUCCUUAAAUGAGUUUAGGAGCCCCAGCUUCUGUGACAGUUAGCAGGAUCUAGGCAUGUAGCUAUUUUCUGGGAUGGGAGGUCUUUUAGCCCUUGUAUUGGAGGCUUGCUAUUUGCAGGACAUGGAGAAUAAAUCUGCAUCAUUAGAUUCCCACUUAAGCUCAGCUGGAGGGCUCGGCAGUCCCGAGGGCUUGGCCUGUCUCUUAGCACAGAGAGCUUUUCUACCCGCAGUUAGCACAGCGUUACCUCCACUGUCUGUCUGCCCUGGCACUUAGCUGCAUCUUCUGCUUUCCCUUCUAUUUGUACUUUGCCACGUGCAUCGAUCUUGUUUUUCCAUCUUCGUGAGCAUUUUCUUCAAUGGUGUUUACAGGUUCUUUUAGGGAAAAAACUAUAUAUAUGAAGGCUGUUAAGAAACAAGUACCAAAUUUUUUGUUACGAAGUAUCAAUGCUGGGAUUUGCAAAGAAUCUGGAAGCUGCUUAGGUACCCAAACCCUCCCAGCUUCAGCACCUAAUUCCUUCAGGCCCUUUUGAACACAAAAGUUAAAAACAUUGCCAUAUUCAUCCAUGCAUUUUGCAUUUAGGUUUAACUCUUGGGUCUUUUAGUUUUGCAUAAAAGAUUUUGCACUUUGUUUGUUAAGUAAUCCGUGAACUUAAUAUAUAUUGCAGCUAUUUUCAUUUUUUUUCACCUGUAUGUUAAAAUCAAUUAGAACGAGUUGGGGAGAAAAAAAAAAAGAAUUGCGAAUCCGUUUCAAUUCUACGAAACACUUGCGGCUCUUCAGUAUUCACUUAAGUCUUCCUUUUUUUUUUUCCUUCACACUGACUCAUGAUGACUUUUUAGUUUUAAUUUGUUCUUCAAAAGGAAAAAAAAAAUCACAAAAAAAGAUUUUUGCAGGCUAUGUAAGCAUGUUUUUUCCUGUGAGAGCUCGUCCACUUUGUGUCUGUUUAAUGAAUGUCAUAUGUAAAUGCUUAAAGAAAAAAAAAGACGAUGACUUAAUUAAUUAAUUAACCGCAGUGACUUGAAGCUCUAAAAAUAAAAAAAAAAAGUAGGAAUUAAUACUAGCUGGAUUUAACCCUUGGAUUUGUGAUUGUGAACCAUGAGUGGAGGAGCUGUAAGUGCUAAAGCUGAUCAUGUGUGUAGACAAAAAGAAGUACUGAUAUUUGACCAUUGUCUCAAUGGCAAAAAACCCCACCCCAACCCCAAGUCUUGUGUUUUAUUCCUUAAGAACUCUGUGUUAUAUUACCAUGGGAACUCCUAAUAAAGACAAAAUGUUGUUGUUUCA